AUGAUCAAUACAGUUCGAAAGUCAGCUUGUGCAUCCAGACCACCACCAUCAACACCAUCGAAACAGAGCACAGUCACACGAUACACAACUGAGGAGUCGGGUGAAUUAGUCGAAUUGAUAUUGAGAUAUCAGGAUGUUUGGGAAGACAAGAGUCAUCCAUCCACACUUCUUCAGAAACAUUUGUGGAUGCAAUUCGCACAUUACCUACACUCGAAGGGAUGGCCAAAAAGAAAAUGGACUGAUCUGCGACGAAAGGGCCAGCGCAUGCUGAAGAAGCUCAAUAACACGACAAUCAAUCAGUGGGAGGUGUCGAAAAGCAAUCCCAAUUCACCUGACAAUCGCUCGAACCACACGUCACUCUCCAGUUCCAAUGAAAAUCGACACGUGAACGUGAACGAACAGAGUGAUUCGGUGACCGAGAACCAGUCGAGUGUGCAUCAAAUCAACUUACCUACACUCACCCCCUCACCAGUGGUAACCAUCAACUCCAAACAUCCCACAUCAACACUCAGUCCUCCUACAAACCACGUGCAACCGAAUCCCCCACACACAACUGGUCCAAAAAUCUUGAACGCAUUCUCAACAGCUCACAUGUCUCAACAACUGGCGAUUCCACAUGAUGCUGGAGUGCUGCAACCAAACACCACCACCAUCACCAACAGCAACAACACGGUUGGUGAAGUGACGAUUAACCGAGUCGCAUUACUGACUCCUCUCCAAUGUGUCUCGUUCGGAGUCGCGAAAACCCAUACUGCAGACGUAUCUCCUAUUCAAGAAGUGAAUAUCUCGAACUCACCAUCCAACCAACCGAGUCGUAUUCCUCUGACUGCAACAAUUGAUUUAUCAACGUCGAGUGAGGACGAGGAGAGCUGUUCAGAGUUGAGUGGAACGCGAAAUCAGGCGAACACGAAUGACGUGAAUGAUUUUGGUGAAAAUGCCAAGGAUUGUAUCACAUGCGAAUGUGAGAGAACCUCAUUGUCAGAGAUGUUGAUUCACAAGCAAAUGAAGUGCCUAGAUAUGAAGAUUGAAAUUCUCCAGAUGAAGAAGCAAUAUUGGUCCGAGAAACUGAACUUAUCAUCGAAAAGCUGAAUGUUUGAUGAAAGCCAAUCUACACAUGAAC